AUCUUUACAAAGGGCUUUAUAAAGCUUUCGUCUCAAUUCAUAUUUAGCCGCGAGCAAUCUACGUUUGUGAUCUCGUAUAUUUCGCUUCUCCGACAUCUUACUGAGUUUCCCCCUCAUCUUUUUGCAAAAAGCCGCUCCACGGUGGUAAAGUCUCAUCUUGUGUGUUGGCCGAAGUUACAAUAGUAACAUUGAACCCUCGAAUAUGUUCGAAGAUCUCGAAAUGAUCUUCCAGUUUAGAUUUUUAAGUUUAGAUUUUGAUUGUGUUAACAUGAAGCAUAUGUAGUUUAAAGUUUAACACAUUUUUCUAACUGUAAUUAAUUGGGGAGAGAAAAGAUAGUUGCAAAACCACCACACCAAGUCAAACUGAAAUGGUGCCUUGAAAACCAAAAGUAAUUGUUUCUGAAACUUUUACUUUGUUUUAGAAAGCUGCUGGUGUUGGUUUGGUAGUAGAAUACUGGAAAAAAAAUUGACCAAACUGAACCUGAGCACCCUUAUGCUUAACUAGCAAUAAAAAAUCAAGAAGAUUGAAAAAAUAUAGUAGUCGAAUGCCGUUUCUUUGAUAACUUUAUAAUCUUAUUCUGCUCUCAAUCUACGAUUUGUUGUGGUUCUAAAGCAUUCUAUUUCUAGGGGAACCAUAUCUGGCUAUCUGCGAAUGUCAAUGGAUUAUUCACUGGUAAUAAUAGCAGAUAACGAUAUAUAAGAAAGCAGUAGUUCAACAUGCAGUGCUUAUGUGGGAUAAAAGAUGUUUAGCUUAACUCAAAAAUCGAAGGAAAAAAUUUGAUCCGCUAGUUCCUUUAUUCAUUUAUAUAAAGUUCCUGGCUAAUGAAGGGGUUAAUACAGGGUGACAAAUUUAAUGAAGCUCAAGAAGUCUUUGAAGCUCUUAUGGAUAUGGAUGCACCUCCGCUGAAGCCAGACCAGAAAAUGUUCCACAUGAUGAUCUAUAUGUAUAAGAAGUCUGGAAAGUAUGAGAAAGCUCGUCAGCUGUUUUCUUUGAUGACCGAGCGAGGAAUUCCACAAAAUACGGUUACUUACAACAGUUUGAUGUCGUUUGAGACGAACUACAAGGAGGUCGCGAACAUUUAUGAUCAGAUGCAAAGAGCUGGUCUUCGACCUGAUGUCGUUAGCUACGCCCUGCUCAUUAGUGCAUAUGGAAAGGCUAGAAGAGAAGAGGAGGCACUCGCUGUUUUUGAGGAAAUGCUUGAUGCUGGUGUCAGGCCAACACAGAAAUCUUACAACAUCUUGCUAGAUGCAUUUGCAAUCUCAGGAAUGGUGGAACAAGCCCGAACUGUCUUCAAAAGCAUGCGAAGAGACAGGUGGGAUUUUGCUUACAUUUCCAUGAAAACUUCUUUUAACUAUUAUUUUUAUUAACUCAAAAAACUUUUA